AUGCGUAGACCCGUAUCGAGAGACGUACGUUCCGAGCGUGAAGAGAGCUUCAGGGCGACAUACGAGCUACAGUGCUUUGCUUGUGGCACGUCGCUGACGGCUUCUCGAAAGGGGGCAAGCCGAGAGACAGCGGAGGCAGAAGAAGGGGUGGGCGCUGUAUGGCUGCCGCGGUUGAAGAGGAGGGGGGUUUUUCGGCGGGCGAGAGGAAGGGAUCGGAGGCCGCCUCGCACACGCGGACUUGCGAGGCGGGGAGGUCUGGAGGGAGAAGGGCGGCAGAGCGCAAGGGACAAGCUCGACGUAUGGCUGCAGCGCCAGGGGCGCACGCCGUGGUUCGCGGCCGAGAGCGACGGACGAGACGUGCUCGCGCCAGUGCGCGUACGCAGGUAUGUGCGUGCAGUGCAGUCCCGUUGCGCAGGGGACGAGCCGGGGACGCUGACGAGACGAUGGAAGGGGGGAGGCCCGAAACGGCUUCCCGCCGGGCGCGCAGGGAUGGCACGGGACCACGCCCUCCUUGCCGAGGGAAACCUGUGGAGUGGCACUCC